UCUCUCUCUCCUUCUCUGUAAAAUCAGAGUCCGAGCUGUUCCUUCAUCACGUCGCGUCCAUCCCUCUCUCUCUCCCUCUCUCUAUCGCCGGCGAUCAUUGCCGUCGCGGAGUGAUCGGGGAAUGCGAUUGGUCGGAAGUCGUCGAUCCUUCUUCCGCAGCAAUUCGCCCUGUCCUCCGGCAGCCGCCGGAUAGUAUCUCCGGCUGCUCGACUGACCGGAAGAAGCGGCGACGGAAUCGGCGACCUCUCCUCCUUUCUCCGGUCACCUCUUUCUCUCUCUCUCUCUCUCUCUCGGUGAGUUUUCGUUUUGGAGCUCCGGUGUAUUUAGGUGGAGGUGAUCCUUACUCGUUCGCCACUGAAUCGAUCGACUGUCGGAUGAUGAGCGCGAGCUGUUGAAGCAAAAGCCAGUUCGGGGAGCGCACGGGAGGAGACUGCCUCUGCGGGUUGCGGACGAUCGAUUUGGAGCGGCGAUGCUGGAUCUCAACCUCAAUGUCCUCUCCGCGGAGAGCUCUUAUCAGGAGGAGAAGCUUUCCGACGUCUCGGGAAACCAAAUGGACGAAUCGGGGACAUCGAACUCGUCGAUCGUCAAUGCCGACGCCGGCGACGACGAUUCGUCCUCCGCACGCGCCGCCGGCGACGUGCACACCUUCCAGUUCGGCAUCGUGAAGGCCGACGGCGGGGGGAACGACGCCGUCGAGACGAAGGAGCUGUUCCCUCUGAAAGAAGAGGAGUGUUCCCCUGGGGAGAUGCCGAUGGAGCUUUCCUUCGGGAAUGGCGGCAGCGGAAGCGGAGGAGGGAGUCACGCGCGUGUAAUGCCGCAACAGCAAUCGCAGCAAGCGAAGAAGAGCAGGAGAGGUCCGAAGUCGAAGAGCUCGGAGUUCAGAGGAGUCACGUUUUACCGGAGGACUGGACGAUGGGAAUCGCAUAUUUGGGACUGUGGAAAACAGGUAUAUUUAGGUGGAUUUGACACGGCUCAGGCUGCAGCUAGAGCCUAUGAUCGGGCUGCCAUUAAAUUCAGAGGAGUAGAUGCAGACAUCAACUUCCAUAUGAGUGACUAUGAGGAGGAUCUGAAGCAGGGUCUUUCCUUGAUUGUUGUACCGGCACAGAUGAAGAGUCUGUCCAAGGAAGACUUUGUCCACAUUCUUCGUAGACAGAGCACUGGCUUUUCAAGAGGGAGCUCCAAAUAUCGAGGAGUGACAUUGCACAAGUGUGGUCGGUGGGAGGCUAGAAUGGGACAAUUUCUUGGCAAGAAGUAUAUAUACCUUGGGCUCUUCGACGGUGAAGUAGAAGCUGCAAGGGCUUAUGACAAGGCAGCAAUCAGAUAUAAUGGAAGAGAAGCUGUCACCAACUUUGAACCAAGUUCUUAUGAAGGGCAGAUGAUUCCUGUGGCUAUGAAUGAAGGUAGCGACCACAAUCUGGAACUGAACUUGGGCAUGUCAGCCCCUUCCUUUGGAAGUUCAGUGAAGGAUGCUGAUGAGCACCUACCAUGCCAUGCUGAGACAUUUUCAGGGAUACCUAAUUUUGCUUCGGCAGUACUAGGUGACUCAGCACUCAGAGGUUUAUCAAUGACAUCCCACCAUCAUUCUUCACAGAACUGUGUAUACCCUCGUUUCUUCUCAAAUGAGGAAAAAGAUACUGAGCAGAGAAAUGAAGUCCCUUCCUCGCAAGGAUUGCACUGGGUCUGGCCAAUGCGUGACCAAGUCAGUACCAGUGCUGCUUCAGUGCCACCGUCCUCGACUGCAGCAUCAUCAGGAUUCCCAUAUUCAGUCCCUCCUUACUCCGCUGCCAUGGUUGCAUCACCACCGUCUCGCUUCCCUCCUCCCUAUACAGUAGCCUCCAAUUCCUCUCGAUGCAACGAUCAGAUGACAUCUCCAUGACCGCCAAUAUAAGUUGUUUUCUCUAUGAUGAACCAACGGCAAAAACAACUAAUAGCUUGGUCUUCAUAGUUUCCUGUAUCGUUUGGGUCGACAUCGCACUCAUAGAAUUUUUAUUCUGACUCCUUAACAUGCAAUUGUUUUGUGCAGAUAGCGACACGAAAGGCAAAGGUCAUUUUGAUUCCCCUCGUAGUAUCAUUCGUACGUUAGACGUA